AUGGCAUACCAGCCUUUGAGCACCUCCAGCAAGAACCCUUCCCAAGCGAUCUACCUUUACACCCCACCGCUUCGACAUGACCCGGUGAAUGGUAAUCUCAAGAAUAAUAUCAACAUGUUCGCCCACUGGGCGGUAUGCAUCCAAGGCGUCUGUUACGAGUUGACAGGAGAACACGAGGGCUAUCAAUGGAAACUGGAGCAGGAUUGGAGAAGAACAAGGCAGCUCCAGGAUCAGCAGCCACAACAUGUGGGCUAUAUGACCAUGCCAUAUACGCCGGCGAUAAUUCACAAAGUGGCUUCUCAAGUAUGGAAUAAGACUUUCCAACGGAAAUAUAUUUACGACGAGCAAAACUGCCAGGCGUUCGUCCGUUACCUCCUCGACCUAAUCGCAGACCCAGAAACCAAAGCCAAUCUCCCGCAAUUCUUCGACAAAUGGGUCAAAACCGUGGGCGUCACUCGAGAUGUCACCCUUCUCGGCAUCGUCGGAGCAGCGUCUCUCAUAGGUGUAGGUUUGGUAACCGCCGCGGUGGAUAUGGGGUCGACCGCUACUGCGGGGUUCGCUUUAACAGGCCAGAUGGCGUGCAGUUCACUUGCAGCUGUGUUCCAUAUGAGAGACAGGAAAGCAAAACAUAUCAAAAAAGCACAAAAGGAGAUAGCGGAGGAACUAGAUCGGAACAUCAUACAGGUUAAUGGUUGA